AUGGCAACUUUCAUCAAUUCCAAGUCAAUUUUCGGGUUACUGGUAUUACCAUGUUUGCUUCUCUACAGUUCGAUUGCAAACAAUUCUUCUUCUGUCGAAGCCACUAUGCAUACUAACAACUGGGCUGUCUUAGUUUGCACCUCUCGAUUCUGGUUUAAUUAUCGACAUAUGGCCAACACCUUAUCAUUGUACAGGACAGUUAAGCGGCUAGGAAUACCUGAUGAGCGGAUAAUACUCAUGCUUGCAGAUGACAUGGCUUGCAACACUAGAAACAAGUACCCUGCUCAAGUUUUUAACAAUGAGAACCAUAGACUUAACCUCUAUGGAGAUAAUGUUGAGGUUGAUUACCGAGGUUAUGAAGUAACAGUGGAAAACUUUUUGCGUGUUUUAACUGGACGUCAUGAGACUUCUGUUCCAAGAUCAAAGCGUCUCUUGAGUGAUGAAGGAAGCCACAUUCUUCUAUACAUGACAGGGCAUGGAGGAGAUGAAUUUUUAAAGUUUCAAGACUCAGAGGAACUACAGAGUCAUGAUUUAGCUGAUGCUGUGAAACAGAUGAAAGAAAAGCUUAGAUUCAAGGAGUUGCUGAUAAUGGUGGACACUUGUCAAGCAGCCACUCUCUUCAAUCAGCUGCAAUCCCCUGGUGUUUUGGCUAUUGGAAGUAGCAUGAAAGGAGAGAACUCAUACUCACAUCACUUGGACUCUGAUGUUGGUGUAUCAGUUGUUGAUCGUUUCACGUAUUAUACCCUUGCUUUUUUUGAGAGGCUAAAUAUAUAUGACAAUGCCUCAUUGAGCAGUCUUUUUAGUUCUUACAAUCCAAGUAUGUUGAUGUCAACUGCAUAUUACCGGCAAGAUCUAUACCAACGGCGUCUGGAGGAGGUACCUGUCACAAACUUCUUUGGCUCAGUCAUGGAAACAAUACAUACUGAUGCUACCUACAAAGCCCUUUCAAAGAAAGAUUCUGGCAGGUUUGAAGCCCAAAUGCCUUUGGACCAGUCGGUUCACCACGACGAGAGAAGAACAUUGAUAAAUGUAAAUGAUCAGGAUGAAAUUCACAACACAAAGGCAGAGGGUCAACAGGGUGCCUCAAAAUGUCCGUUCACUACUUUCUAUGACAAGUUGCAAAAGGGUGAAAACGUUGAUUCCUUAGUGAACUACGGCUUGGUAGCCAUGCUUCCUUUCUUGGUAGUUUCCUCGUGGCUGUUUCAAUGAUCUCUCUCUUUAGACAUUUCUAACAAAGGAUGUUUCUCUAAACUAUAUUUGCUCAUUUUUUGUCAUAGUAUAAGAUAUAACUAAUUUUGAUUCCUUUUCUCUGACACAUUAUUAAUUUGUUUGAUUCUAAAGUGAAAUAACAAAAUUUGGAAAUUAAUUAUUUGAA